GUGCCGUGCCUCGAGCCAGCGCUGAGUGGAGCCUGUCUGCCAACAGCUUCAGCAGCGGCUCUAUCUGGAUUCUACUUCACUCACUGACAAUUAAAGAAGGCCCCCUUUUCUUCCCAUUUUCGAGGAUUAAUCGUCACCAUGGGCGACAAAAAGAGCCCUACCAGGCCAAAAAGACAAGCCAAACUGACCGCAGACGACGGCUACUGGGACUGCAGCGUGUGCACCUUCAGGAACACCGCCGAGGCGUUCAAGUGCAGCAUCUGCGAUGUGAGGAAGGGCACAUCCACAAGGAAACCCAGGAUAAACUCCCAGCUGGUUGCCCAGCAGGCGGCUCAGCAGUACCCGAUGCCUCCCCCACCCAAGAAGGACCGGAGAGAGAGAAGUGAACGCAUGGACAAGGAGCGUCCACACAGCGAAGGAGAGCGAGCCAGUGGCGAGGGACGCCCUGAGGGAGAACAUCCAGAGAGAGUUGGGCCAGAGGGAGACAUCCCUGAGCCGGACAAGACUGAGAAGGAGCAGCCCGUCAAAGAUAAACCCGACAGGGAGAAGGACAUCACCCCAGCUGUCACAAAGAAGCCGAGCAGCAAAAAGACCAAACCCAAAUCAGACAACCAUCAGAGUCCACCAAGUGACAAACAGAGCAUACAGUCUGGGAAAUCUGCAACCAAGUCUAACAAGAACUCUCACAUUUCCAGGCCCAAGCUGAAGAAUAUCGACCGGAGUACCGCCCAACAGUUGGCCAUCACAGUAGGGAAUGUGACGGUGAUUAUAACGGACUUUAAGGAGAAGACCCGCUCCUCAUCCACAUCUUCGUCCACCAUCACGUCCAGCGCAGGCUCCGAACAGCAGCAUCAGAGCUCCGGCUCCGAGAGCAUGGACAAGGGCUCAUCACGCGCCUCCACCCCUAAAGCGGACCUCUCUGUGGGGCACGACGAGUCGUUCUGAACCCCCCCCCCCCCUUUUUUUUUUUUGUUUGUUUAUCCCUAUUCCCUCCCAAUGCUUCACUCCCCUCUCCUCUUCCGCCCAUAUUUCUGGACGCUAUGGAUCCCUCAGGGGGGAAGAGUUGUCACCCUUUCCCAUCGCUGCCCUGCCCUCCGUUCCGUGAUUUUCCCUGGAUGUUGAGCAGAGCUGGCUGGAUAAGAGACACAGUGCGUGGCACCUCUAAGUCCCUGCUUAGUCUUGGCUGAGAAGAGCUGGGCUACAGGGAAUAACUCCCCCACCCCCCCACCCCUUAUGGUAGCAUCCAGACACUUGUAUGUAUUGUUUUAUAUUUGUACAUGGAUGUGAGGCCAAGUCGACUUUUUUUUGUUCUGUUUUUGUAAAGAAGAAAUUCCCGCUGGGCACAAUAACCACCACCAUUUGAAUAACUAUUAUUUCUCUUAUUUAUUACCUGUUGAACCAGUAUACUUUGAUAUUUUUUUCUCCUUAUGUUCAGGCUUUGCAGCAUAGCUCUGCUAAUUGAUCGUUUCUUCAGUGUUUUCACUACAUUGAAAAUGUUAGGAUUACACACACAUACACACACACACACACACACGCUGGUGCUAGAUACACUGUGAAGUGAUUCUGCAGAUUUGGGACUGCCCAUUUUCUCAAUGUGACAAAGUGCUUAUGAAUCAAAUUCUCCUUCACGUUUCUCAACGACCCCCACCAGGUCUGACUUUUUCCCAACCGGCUUGACUCCGACUUAGUAUGCUCUCGCAGAUUGUACAGUACGUUCUGUCCUUUUACUGUACAGUGUAGGCUGUCGUGUAAAACACUAAAAAGCUGUUGAUAUUUUCUGCAUUCCAUGCUUUGAAUGUUGAGUUUCCUGGCUGAGGGUUGGAGCUUGUCCUCUCAGCUCCACGGAUCGCCGACGUUUUUGUUUUUAAACGUUCUUAUUCUUUGUGACUGAAGGAUGCAGUCCUGCUUGGUGAAACCAAGUUGCACUGUAAAACAGACCUUGUUGCGUCAAAACUGUUCAAUAUUUGUUUUGUUGUUGUGGUCCUGAAGACAAUGUUGAAUCUUUGUCCUCUCCACACGGAAAGUGCAUGCAGCAAAAGUGAACAAUUUGCAAAGAUUUGACAAUUCAAUUGACUUGUCUUUUUUAUAUGUAUUAACUUAAGACUCCUGUCACUGAAGGCAAAAUAUUACAGUACUUAAUAGAAUGCAAUUGGAAUUUUAUUGCAGCGAGGCCUAUGUAAGGGCUUUAACAUUCACCUUAGCUGAGAAUAGACCAACAUAAUUUCCUUUUAAAUGUAAGAAAUUGUAUAAAGAAUAAAUGUGUAUAUGAUAUCUUAGUUUUAUUUAUUGAAGGACCAAAGGAAUUUCAUAAUGACAUGAUACAUAGAUUAACAAUUUGAAAUGCAAUUAUCUAAUGUGUGAGAUGAAUAACAGUUUAAAUAAAGACUAAUAUAAUCCAUGUAAAUGGUGUUCUUAUUGUACGUUGGGUGUCUCUGUGCGUGGCUAAAUCAGGGCACAGGGCUGCUGUACUGUGAGUGGAGUCUCAGUGUGGGUGGGUGGGUUGUUGAGAAGAGCUCCGCCUCCAAGACUUUGGCCUUUUAGUAAAAUAAUAAAAAGGAGAUAAAACCUUCACUCUGCUGGACCAGCGCAGUACAGCACACGUAGCUCCUCCGACAGGUCACUGACAGAGCUGCUCCCAGAGCAACAAAAAAAAUCACUUUAGGUGGGGACUGACACCACCCAACCCCCCUCCCCCACCCCGGGGGCCGUGGAGGGGAGGAUGAAAUCUGUUCUGCAGAUUUACACGUACGGACCGAUAAUCAUGUCAUGUAAGCAAUGUUUCAAGUCCAGGAGUUGUGUGUUGGCUUUUACUUUUUAAAAUAUUUUCCCCUGCAUUUAAGCUACAGCUAAUGUUUUGUGCUUUUAUCGCAUACAGAUCCAGGAUCAGUGUUGAGCGUUGAGGAAAAAGCAAUGUGAACUGAACUGCAAAAAACAAGGCUGUUGAGUCGGGGGUGGGGGGAAUUAAACAAUCUUAUCUAAACCAGGCCCUGGAAAGCCAUCUUCUCUCACCUGCCUCCGCUGUAACCACAUUCACAGGACUCCACAGAGCAUUCAUUGUUAAAUUAUUAACGGAUGGCCAUUUGCUUGGGUAUAUGAAUUAUUGCUUGUAAAUAGAAUUUUAAAAAGGUGCAAAAGGCAAACACUAUGAGUAACGAAGUCAAAGCUGAGGUCUUUUUUCUUUUCUUUUGGUUUUAACCGUUUCCCUCCCGCGCAAGCAGUUCUGUUCUUGUGUGCGACCAGUAACCUUAAUUUACUGUGUAAAGAUGGUUACAUAUUUUAGCGUUGUUUGUUCAGAGACCCAAAUAGAGAAUGCUUGUUUACUUAUUGUAUAACCUUAAACGUGAACUUCCAAUUAAGUGUAUUAUACAAACUCAUUUUCUUCCUAUAACAAUGUCUUGUACAAUGCUUUUAAAGUUAUUGCUUGGUUUAAAGAAAAAAACAAACAUUUAGGGACAGUACAAGUAUUCCAUUCUUUGUUUAAUCCAGUUUCCUUUUUUGUUUGACUUCCAGCUGAUGUGUCAUUGUUUCCUUGUGAAAUGGUCACCUUAUGUUCCUGGUGUGGAAAUGUAAGCAGCUUUUUCAGCAGAUCACAGCUCCUUGUCUAGCUAAUGAUGUUAUCUAAUACAUGUUUCUGGCAUGUGCACGACUUUGCGCUUCUAGGCUAACCUGAUGAUUUUCCUCCGCUUCAGAUAGAAAUGUCUAUUUAUGAAUUUUGCUUGUAGUUUUUCACAAAUAAAACCUUCAAAGUUAUCUGUC